CGUGGGCGGGAUGGGCGGCGUCCCGCUUCCCAGCACUUUCCCGUGGGCGGCCAUGGGCGUGGGCGUGCGAGGGAAGCCCAGACGAGGGAUGCUGAGGCGGGCGGUUUUCAGCGACUUCCAGCGAAAGGGAUUGGAGGACAGGUUUCAGAUCCAGAAGUACAUCAGCAAGCCCGACAGGAAGAAACUGGCGGAGAAGCUCGGGCUCAAGGACUCUCAGGUCAAGAUCUGGUUCCAGAACCGCCGCAUGAAGUGGCGCAACUCGAAGGAGCGAGAGCUGCUGGCCUCCGGCGGCACGCGCGAGCAGACGCUGCCCACCAAGAACAACCCGAACCCGGACCUCUCCGACGUGGCCGAGGACCGCGCCAGGACCACCUCGUCCUCGUCGUCGACCUCCUCGAAGGACGAGCUGAGGCCGGGCUCCGAGGGCGGCAGCGGGGGCAUGGUCGAGGAGCACCACUUCCACAUCGUCGCCAAGGACCACCCUCACUUCUCCUCGAGGGGGGACGAGGGCGACCUCCCGCUGCACUUCGCCAAGCAGGGCGGGUUCGGCUUCCCCGCCUACCAGGACGCGGAGGCCGACUACUCCGACGAGGACAUCAACGUCACGGACAACAACGAGGACAGUGACAAUGACAACGAUUAG